UGUUUGCUGGUGAGGUGUAUUAGGGUGGGACUGACUUUUUAACUACUGAUUAGCAAGGGUGUCUGUGUGUGGUAGGUUAUGGGGGUCUGUAACAAGAAGCUUCAUCUGCUCAUCUGAGGUCUUGCACUCAGCUGGUUUCUGCACUGUCUUGUUUAGUUUAGCUAUCACAGUGGGAGUUCCGAUUAAUUUUUCUGGUCAUCUAAUACAAUCAUGAAAUUUUUGGUAAACUACCUUAUUCUGAUUUCAAGACAAAAUCAUUAUUCAGAUAGAUUUCCAAGCGUUUUGUAUUAACUUUGUUGGUAUUUCUCAGCAGACUUUUGGUUUUUAAUUUAUUUUUUUCUUUUAUUGAGUUAUUUAUUUUCUAAAGGGAAGAAACCCAACCUCAACAAAUUAUGUACACCCUUAUAACUAACAUGUGCAGUCUCCUGACCACCACAUCACUUCCUAACUGCUACAUGACAACUUUCAAACGUCAAAUAGUUAAGGGGAUUUCAGAAUUAAGCCUGAUACUCCAUAUAACCUUACCUAACCUACAGAAUGCAUAGGGUCAGCUCUGCAGAGGGUGUGGUUAACCCUAGUGAAACAAUCUUGCUCACUUGCCUGGAUAUCUCAAUUGGUUAGCUGCCUUAAUACUUUGUCUUGCCAGAAUGAUAGCGUGAUUAUCGCAAGUAUAGUAUUUUGAAUGUUGAACUUGAUUGAUAAUUUAAGAGUUACCUUUAAAGCACAAUUUUUAGCAUCAAGCAAUAUAGCAGGUGUUGGUGAUCAGUUUACUAAAUAUUUACUGUUAUAGCAGCAGUGGACGCUAAGUAUUAGUUCAUUCCUGUGCAUUUCUGAUAGCUCUCUUGUUUCUGCUUGGUGCUCCCUCCCAUUCAUUGCUGUUGAUAUAAAAGAAAAUGUACUAUUGAUUUUUUAUAUAAAAUACCUGCUUGUGAUGUAUUUUGGUGCCUGAUAGUCAUUUGUUAAGCUUCAUAUAUUUUUCCUUUUUUUUCUUUUCCCAUUAUUUUUUGUGUACUUUAACUAUUUAUUCCUUCACAAAUAUAAUGCAGGUGUGGAUCUGGCUUGCAUGAUUGGUUAUGUUUGUGCUUGUCUGAUUAGCCCAGGAACAUCAUUAUAAAUGUCCUUAGCUGUUGCAUGAUUUUAAGCCCAAAACUAUGCACUUCUAUGUAACUUUGGGUUAGAUUGCUGUACUUUAUACCCCUAUAACAUCUUGCUGACUGUGGCCUUGUGUCACUUGUAUGUGGUUUAUUUAGAUUCACCGGGUCAGUUUGAAUAGGGCUACAUAGAACCAUAUUGGCUUAGUGGAAACAAAAAAUUAUCAUUUAUAGCUCUGAUUCAGGUUUUUGCCCCAUUUUUCAGUUGUUAUUCAGCCCCCAGCUUUGUUAUUCUGAUUCCUUAAAGUAUUAUGUAUAAUUUCUUGGUCAUUCACUUACUUCAUUGCAGAACUUGUUGCUAAAUGCUAGAAUAAACAUCUUGUGUUUGUGGAGGGUUUGUGUUGAUGCCUUCAAUACAGCGGUUAGUCGGCAAGGAAGGUAGCGCUCUUUUCAUCCUGGCACUUAUACAGGGAAGAUAAUCACAAUUCUCCCAUAGGUUUGUGUUGGAGAAACCUAACUACUUGUAUUACUGAGGGUUCCCUGUGUAGGUUUUAGUUGCCAAGCUAGUGGGAUUCACUUUGUUUCUGGCAUUUAGGUGAAAGUAUUGCUGUCAGCAUCAUCUAUCUCAUUACCUAUCUUUUAUCUUGUCACCCUGCAGUCUCCAGUAGCUCUAUCUUUAAUUAGACAGCUAGGCAAGAAGGCGCUCACAUCCUCCCUCUCACUAUCACUUCCAUAAACAUUCUCUCACAUCUCAGCCCAUAAACCAUUAUAAAAAAAAAAAAAAGCUAUCACUUCCACUUCCGUAAACAUUCCCUCACAUCUCGGCCUGUGAACCUCUAGAAAAAGAAAGUUCCUCACUUGGUUAUCUUCAAACUGACCUUCACUUCUUCGUUCAUCAAACACAGAACAAGUUAGUUUCCCAGCACUCUGCAUACAAACAUCACAGUACAUUCCCCAUCCUUUGCAGUUUCCAGCUAGUUUCCGAGACUCACUACCUCACUCAUGGAAGGUCAGUUAGCUCUUCACGUGGUACUGUUCGCCGUGUGGUCGGUGGGUGUGUACACAAACGCCAACCUUGAUCCCCCUGAAAGAACACCUCGCUAUGACUUCUGGUACAAGGAUUAUGGUGGUCGCCUCAAAUUCCUGACUUUUCUAGAUGGAGUCCUGCAGUGUAGCUUCUUUGGCCUGUGUGUGCUCAAUGACCUGCUCGGCUCUGAGACUGUGGUGGCAAACAAGAGAAGUUUCCUGCAGAAGCUCCGGGACUUUCUACUCUCAACGCUGGUGGUUCCUCUGGGAGUGUUCAUCCCGCUCAUCUUCUGGGGGCUGUAUGCCGUGGACAGGGAGCUCAUCUUCCCCGUGUCCCUGGAUGCCUGGUUCCCCGGGUGGCUGAACCAUCUCAUGCACACGCUCCCCCUCAUUGCCUCUCUGCUUGAGGUUGUCUUUGUCAACCAUGUGUACCCUCGUGGCCGCAUCUUGUACAUCCCCAUCAUUGUGGCCUCGGCUCUCUAUGUGUCUUGGCUGUGUUUCAUUGCAUACUAUGCCGGCUUUUGGGUCUACCCGGUGUUUGAGGUGCUGGACUUCAAGAGCCGGGCUGUGUUCAUGGCCUGCCUGGUCCCACCUAACCUUUUCUUCGUGUUCCUGGGCCAGAAGCUCCACAUGGCUGUCUGGGGUCCAAUUAAGGGUUCCUCCAGACGCAGAGGCAAGAAGGACAAAUCACAGUAGAGACAUACGAUGCUGAGACAAAGAAAGCGAGGUGCAGAAAGUGGCGAGUGGUGCAAGCAUGUAGUAAUAAGGUUGUUUAGCUCAUCCUUACAACCACCAGGGACUGAGGUAGAUACCCCAAAUCAGGUACAAACAAGAAGAAAGACCUAGAGUGUACUUUUAUAUUGUAUUUAACUCCAGCAUUCAUGGCUCAGGAGGCUCAGUUGUUGCUGCCGUGGCCUGUAGUGAAGGGAUGGGCACGGGUAGUUAUGUAAGUGUGUGUGAAUGGCCAUGUGGUUCCUUCUCACCAGACAAUCUUUCCUCUGAAGUAAUGUUUUUUUGUCGUCAUAUGUCUAUGCUUUACAUUGUCCUCAGUACAGCAAGUGGAAUUGAUUGUGAUGUCAUUGGUAUUGAUUUUUGGCUCAGUAAACACACGCUGAAGGGAAAGAUGGUGUGAUGUGAGUUCUCAAGUUAUGAACAGUCGUUGGUACGAAAUCACUUUCUCAUAUAGUCUUAGGAUUUGUUGGUGACAUUCCAAUAAUUUUAAGGAUUGCUGUUCCUCCCUCCCUUACCUUAGUAUCCUUGUGCUAUGGAUUAAUAGCAUCAGACAUGUAGAGUAAAAUUUUGAAAGUCUGUUGGCUUUCAUUUUUCUUAUUUAGUACAUUGUGAUUUUUAUGGCACUCGUAAAGUUUGGUGGAGUCACAAAAGUUCAUAAUUGCAUUAUUGCUUCAAGUUCAAUUUGCUUAAGGUUCUUUCUGAGAGUUUUGCUAUAAAAGUAAUUAUUACACACAAAUCUUUACCUUUCCAAUGUGUUUUUGGAAUUAUACACUAGUUAUGAAUGAAACACUAGGCAUAUUCAAGUUACAAUGAAGUAAGUGCCUUCACAGCGACCUUCAGGAUGAAACUGGGAGCUGGGUGUCUCUGUGACACAGUGCUUGGCUUGCAUUCUACAGGUUGUGAGUGAUCCUGACAACAGUUUCUGGGUGGGAGAGAUGGCACUCUCUUACAACCCUUGCUGCUGCCAUAAGACCUUGUUGUGUUGCCAUCACUGUCGAUAUUAAUUUUUUUGGAACAAAACUGCUCCACCAAAAAGAUUACAUAGUGAAAUCUUAGCUAUCUAACCUGCCAAUAAGUGCUAAUUGUUACUGAUGGGCUUAACAAAUUCCACAUGAUCAUUGCAGUACUCACUAAUAAUAUAACAGCUACAAUACCUUAACUCAUAAUCAAUCAUGAAUAAUAUUUUGGCUUCUUCAGUCAGGGAGACUCUCCAUGAAGUUACCAAUUGUUGCAUGUGCUCAUAUUCCCAUUUUUAUGUAAGAAAAACAGGCUUGUAACUGUGACGCUGAAUUAAUCGUAUAGAAGAAGGUGCUGGAAAACAAAGUUAUAUACAUUAGUUAUUAACAUUCUCUGUACAAUUGCAUGGAAGACUUAUUUGUAUGUUAUUAAUUUAAGAAUGUGCUUCAGAUGUUCAGUGUGUGGGGUUUUGGAUGAAGUCAGUAAAGGAGGAAUAAAGAACAUUGAAGAAC